AUGGCUGAUACCGCCAUUCAACUGCCAUACCUCUCAUCGCACUAUGCGCUCCCGGAAUCGGCACUCACUACCUUACGGCAGGCCCCAACAGUGGAGCUUGUCAAUCAACUUUUAGAAUCAAUCAAUACAAAAGCCCACGAAUCUGACGAGCUCAAGUCCGACAAGCUCCGCUUGGAGGUAGAGCUUGAGAAUGCUGUGCGCAGCAAUGAAUCGAAGGUCAAGGUUCUGAAAUCCAGCGUAGAGAAGGGACAUGCAGAGGUCGAAGAUUUGAGGAAAAAGCUGCACGAAGCUGAAACUACCCGUUCCUCACUCGAAACCGAGAUCUCUACACUGAAAUCAUCGUCCACGUCUAAUGAAUCGGAAACCACAUCUUUGAAAGCGCGUAUCUCAUCUCUGGAGGCGUCGAAUAGAGACACACUGAGCUUGCUCGAAUCGAAAUCUGCGGCCUAUGAUAAAUUGGCAGAGGAGCUUUCGCUCCAGCACAAGAAGACUAUCGAAUUACGACGUGAACUCUCGACCGCGGAGCAAAAUCUCCAGAAUUCCAAUGCGGCAUCUGCCAGCGCCCGCUUCCGUGAACAGAGCCUUCAACAAGAACUAGAUCUCACCAAAAAGAACAAUGAAUGGUUCGAGACCGAACUCAAGACAAAAUCCGCUGAAUACAUCAAGUUCCGCAAAGAAAAAAGUGCUCGGAUCUCGGAGCUUCAUCGGGACAACGAAGAAGCAAACUCGACAAUUGACUCUCUUCGACGAAGUGAGAACUCGCUUAAGAGUCGCCUGGACGAAACAGAGCAACGGUACGAAACCUCUCUGGCUACCAUUCAUCAAUUGAAAGAGGAAGCCAUUCAGGCAACCGAAUCCUUCCGCAUCGAACUGGACAGCUCCAACCGAUUGGCUGAGCUACAAGGAUCUGCUGCCCAGACAGCCAAGCAACGGGUGCAAGAAUGCCAACUGGCCCUCGAAAAGACAAAGGAUGAUGCGGCACAGGAAAUCUCACGCCUGCGUGUGGAGCUUGAGACGGAGUCCAACGACAAGGUAGCCGCGGAACGCCGGAUUGGUGAACUCGAGGCACUUGUUGCUCAGCUUGAGUCUGAACCUGCCAGAGGAAGAUCAGCAAGCCCCGCUGUCUCUAUGAAUGGAGGUGCACCCAGUACACCUCUGCGAUCAAGCAUCAUGCGUGCUGGCACUCCUACCGGCUCGUUCUCCCCACGCGCAUCUCGUGGUAAGGGUGGCAUGAAUGUCACACAAAUGUACUCCGAAUACGACAGAAUGCGAACCGCUCUUGCAGCUGAGCAGAGAACUUGCCAGGAACUCCGCAAUACUGUUGAUGAGAUGGUUCAAGAACUUGAUUCAACCAGACCCGAAAUUGAGGAGGGACGGGCAGAACAAAAGCGUCUCGACCAUGCUGUUGUGGAAAUGUCUACUCUCCUCGAAGCUGCUGGCAAGGAACGUGAUACCGCUCUCAAGGAAGCCAGGAAAUGGCAAGGUCAAGUCGAGGGCUUGGCUCGCGAGGGUGACAUUCUGCGCCAGCAACUUCGCGAUCUCAGCGCAGAAGUCAAGGUUCUCGUUCUGGAGGUUGCUGUCGCAAAACACGGCGAAGAAUACGACCGUGAGGAGCUCGAGAGAAUCGCUCGGGGUGAAGUCGAAGAGUCAGCUAAGGAUCUUAAUGAAACUGGCCGCUUUAUCAGCAAGCACCUUACAACUUUCAAGGAUCUUCACGAACUCCAGGAGCAGAAUCACACCCUCCGACGCAUGCUAAGAGAACUUGGCGAUAAGCAGGAGGGUGAAGAGGCGCAAGCCAAGGAACUUGCGCGACAGGCAGAUCUGGAUGAGUUGAAGGAGUUACGGAUCCGUGCGCAGACAAAUCGUGAUGAGAUUGCGAACCUCAGCGCACAGAUGCAGAGUUACGUCAAGGAGCGCGAUACAUUCCGCAGUAUGCUCAUGCACAGAAAGCCAACCGUCGACGACCAGAAUGUCUUCUCGCAAUCUAUGCCUCUUGGUGCUGCUCCCCAGGGAGCCAUGGAAACAUCAGGACCUGACUACGCUGAGUUGCUCCGAAAGGUUCAAGCCCAUUUCGAUACUUUCCGUGAAGAAACGACGACGGACCACAAAGCCCUGCGGCAGCAGGUCAACGAGUUGUCGCGUAAGAACAGUGAGCUUAUGUCUGACAUCAGUCGGUCAAGCAGCCAGCUUGCUGCUGCUACCCAACGCGCGGAGCUUUUGCAGAGCAACUUCAAUAUGCUCAAAACCGAGAACACCGAAAUCCAAAAGCGCUACUCUACCCUCUUCGAAAAUGCAAACCGACAAGAUAUCCGCACCCAGCAAGCCGCUGAAGAUCUCGUGGAGGCCAAGGGUCUCGUUGAGAGCCUUCAGAGAGAAAACGCCAACCUGAAGGCCGAGAAGGAUCUUUGGAAGAAUAUUGAGAAGAGACUGAUUGAUGACACUGAAAAUUUGCGAAAUGAGCGUAGUCGUCUGGACUCAUUGAAUGCGAACCUUCAAACUAUUCUCAACGAGCGUGAACACACUGACUCCGAAAGCCGACGCCGACUUCAAGCCAGCGUCGAAGCACUUGAAACCGAACUGCAGUCGACGAAGCGCAAGCUCAAUGACGAAGUUGAGGAAUCCAAGAAGGCUAGUAUGCGCCGGGAAUAUGAGCAGGAGACAUCACAAAAGCGAAUUGACGAUUUGGUCACCAGCUUGGGCUCAGUCCGCGAAGAGCUGGUUGCUGCCAAAACUACUCGGGAUCACUUGCAGUCCCGCGUUGAUGAGCUUGCAGUUGAGCUCAAGAGUGCCGAAGAGCGUCUGCAGGUCUUGAACAGGAGACCAAGCGUGUCUGCUGGCACCACCGAGGGACCUAUUGAGGGCGAGGAGUCUGCUGAAGGAAGCGGUCUUUCUCGCGAGCAGGAACUUUCAAUUGAAGUUUCUGAACUCAAACGGGAUCUAGAGUUGGCUAAGGGUGAACUUGAACACGCAAAGCAAUUGGCUGAAGACUACCAGGCGAUCAGCCAAGCUAGCGAAGAACGUCUGGAGUCUGCCACCGAGACACAUGAUCAGUAUCGCGAAGAGACCGAUCGUCUUGUGGAGGAGAAGAACUCGAAGAUCCAGGACCUCGAAACUCGCAUUGAAGAGAUCUCAGCUGAACUGUCUGCCUCUAACAAUGAAAUGACCAAGCUCCGCGAAGAGCAGGCGGAAGUAACGCGUCGUCUGGAAGAGCAGAAGGCCGACUUCGAGUCGGAAAUCACUCGUCUCAAGGCCGACAAUGAACGAUAUGUCACUGCUACACAGUAUCACCAGGAGGACCUGAAUGCGCAGGCCGAAAUUGCCAAGCAUGCCCAGCAGAACUACGAGACUGAGCUCGUUAAGCACGCUGAGGCAGCGAAGAAUCUACAGGUUGUUCGCGCCGAGAGCAACCAGCUCAGACUCGACAUCGCUCAGCUUCGAACCCAAUCCGAAGGCUACAAAACAGAUCUGGCUCAGAAGGAGGAAAGCUGGGCGGAGCAGCGAGCCACGUACGAGGGUGAGCUCUCUGAAUUGCAUAAGCGUCGGGAGGAGGUCAUUCACCAGAAUUCCGUCCUUCACGCUCAGCUCGAGAAUAUCACUAGCCAGAUCUCGUCCUUGCAGCGGGACCGAAUGAAUGUUUCGGACGACGAGCAAGAAGGAGACCAGGCAGCCCCUAAUCUCGAGGGCCUACAGGAGGUCAUCAAAUUCUUGCGCCGUGAGAAAGAAAUUGUCGAGGUUCAGUACCACCUUUCUACCCAGGAAAGCAAGCGACUCAACCAGCAACUCGACUACACUCAGUCGCAGCUUGAUGAGACCCGUUUGAAGCUUGAGCAGCAGCGCCGUGCUGCGGCCGAUAGCGAUUACAACGCAUUGAACCAUAACAAGCUUUUGGAGACUAUCAAUGAGCUCAACGUAUUCCGCGAAAGCAACGCCACUCUCAGAAACCAACUAAAACAGACCGAGGCUGUGCGUGAUCAAAAGAUCGCCCGCGAGAAUGAGCUGGUCCAGGAGAUCGAACCUCUCAAGACCAGGAUCCACGAGUUGGAGAGCCAGAGUGAAGCCAAGGAUGGAGAAAUGCAGCUUCUACAGGCCGAUCGCGACCGAUACCAACAACGUAUUCAGAACAUCCUUCAAAAGUACGACCGUGUCGAUCCUACUGAAAUGCAAGAGCUGAAGGAGAAGCUCGCGAGCCUCGAGAACGAAAAAACCGAGGCCGUCUCCCAGCGGGAAGCUCUCCAGACCGAGAUGGAGUCACUACAGGCUCAAAUCGCGGCGUUCCCGGAGCAGCUCAAGCAGCAUUCCGAUGACCGUGCACAAGAAUUGCGAUCCAAGCUCACAGAGCAAUUCAAGGCACGCUCUAAGGACCUUAGCGCUCGUGUCAAGGCCAAGCAAGAUGAACUAAAUGUGGUGUUGCAGGAGAAAGAGGUCAUCCAGGCAGAACUCCAGACCACAAAGAACGAAUUGGAGGCAUUGAAAACCAAGAUGGCAGAGGCGCCAGCCAAUGUGCCACCUGCUCCGGCUCCAGCUGCAGCCGCAGACCAAGAAGCCCCCGUCAAUGCUACCCCGGCUUCACAAUUCCCAACCGCGACUGUCGCACUUCCUGGUCCUGGUGACGCUCAAAAGAUCCAAGACCUUGAGCAGAAGAUCCAGCGACUUGAAGCAGCUCUUGCUGAGAAGGAUGGACUUCUGGCGACACAGGCCAGCGAACAAGAUGCUAAGAUCAAGGAACGCGCCGACCGCCUUAAGGAUCUCUACAACUCUAAGCUGAACGAGGUCAAGGCUGCCCAUCGUCAAGAAAUUGAGAAACUGUCCGCCAGUGAACAAUCCAUACCUGAAACGCCAGGCGCGGCCCCAGACGCAGCCCCUGCAACCCCGUCAAAGUCGUUCGAAGUUGCCGGAUUCACCAUUCCCGAGUUGACAGAUGCUCAAGCAAGAGAGCUGGUCGCGAAGCACGAGACUAUUCGCACAAUCGUUCGGAAUAACAUUCGCGGUCAAGUGGCCCGCGAGCAACAAAAGCUCCAACAAGAGGCCCAAGCCUCCUCCGGUGCCAAUGAAGCUGCAUUGGCUGGACUGCAACAAAAGUCAGUUGAGGAAAGGGAGGCCUUGAUCAAGGCGCACGAGAAUGAAAUCAAGGAGAAGGUGAACUCGGCGGUUGAACUUGUCGAAAAGAAAACAGCUGCUCGCCUUAGCAUGCUUGACACCAGAUUCCGCACUGCCAAUGCCAAGAUUGAUGUGGUAUCGAAGGCUGCAACGGAAACUCCGCAAAAGCCUGUCGUGGAAGUAUGGGAAAUUGCAAAGACUGCCCGGCCUGCACCAGUCCCGGUUCCAGCUGCUAAGCCCCCGGUACCAGCAACCCAAGUCCAACCCGCUGGCCCCGCUCCAACUCUAGCGGCGCCGCAAGUCCCAGUUACAGCCCCCUCGGCACCUGUCGCUGCCCCGCCCCCAGCUGCGGCCCCUGCUCCUGCCUCUGCCCCUGUGGUAACAGCCCCGAAUGUUCCAACGCAGCAAGCCGCUCCUACCACUACUACGCCUUCCGAGACUACUACACCCCAGCAAGGCGGAGCACAGCCCACAGCGCCAGCCAAUCCUUUCGGCCAAGUUCAACAACCCGAUCAAACUCAGCAGGCCUCUUCCCUCCCCAGCAAACCUCCUGCUGGAAACCCACCUGGUCUGAUGCGAGCUCUCCAAUCCGGACUUCCUGUUGCAAGAGGCGGACGUGGUGGCCGUGGUGGUGGCCAGCAAUUCGGCCAUCAGCAACAUGACCAACAGCAGCAAGGUCACGGCCAGAGCCAAACGCAACGCGGCCCGGGCCUGCAGCGAGGUCGAGGCGGUCGUGGUGGACAAGGUCGUGGUGGUAACCAAAAUCAAAACAACGUCGCCCAGGCUCAAAGCCCCACUGCCAACCGUGGGAACCUGAACGCCUCGGCCCGUCAGUUCAUUCCUGGGGGCAACAAGCGUUCUCGCGAUGAGGGCCCUGACACUACCACCGAGGCUGGAAGCGGUGGAAAGAGACAGAGAGGUGGCGGUGGCCCGCAGCCUCGUGGCGGAGGCUCUUCUUGA